CCUGUGAGGACAAGAAUGAGGAACCCUGAUUUCCACAUGAACACAGAACUUCUCACAUUGUGGUGCUACCCUGCCAGCCCUGGGCCUCCCCAGCUCUGCACCCUGGGGACCAUGGGAGGCAGCCCCAGCUGGACCCUCACUGCCCUUCUCUGCCUGGGGCUGUGUAGGGGGCUGUGGGACCAGGUCCAGGCAGGGACCCUCCCCAAACCCUCCAUCUGGGCAGAGCCAGGCGCCAUGGUCCCCAAGGGGAGCCGGAUGACCCUGUGGUGUGAGGGGUCCGUGCAGGCUGGUGGCCUCCGUCUGUAUAAAGGGAACGUCUCUGUGGACUGGGAGAAUGACGUCCUGCAGGAAUCCUCAAACAAGACCGGGUUCGUCUUUGAGCCUGUAGCCUCACAUUAUGGGGGGCUGUACCAGUGUGGCCCCCUCAACUGCAACUCCUCCUCAGAGCUCAGCGAGCCCCUGACCCUGGUGGUGACAGGAGCGUUCCCCCCACCCUCCCUCUCAGCCCACCCGAGCCCUGUGGUGGAGGCAGGAGGGAGGGUGACCCUCUCCUGCAGCUCAGAGACAGCAUUGGGCACUUUCCACCUUCUGAAGGAGGGGGGCGCUGACCCACCCCUCCACAUGGAACAGCGACCCUCCCCUGGGAGACCCCAGGUCCUCUUCCCUGUGGGCCCCGUGAACGCCUCCCACGGGGGCACCUACAGGUGCUACGGCUCCUCCAGCUCCUACCCCCAGCAGUGGUCAGAGCCCAGCGACCCCCUGCAUCUCGAGGUCACAGGCGUGUUGGAGGCGCCCACCCUGGUGGCCCAGCCAGGCCAGCUGGUGCUGACUGGGGACAGCCUGACCCUGCAGUGUCGCUCCCAGGCCGGCUUCAACACAUUCUCCCUGACCAGGGACGAGGGGCCUCAGAGCCCAGAGCAGCUGGAUGGGCAGCACAGCCCUGACUUCCCCCUGGGCCCCGUCAACAGCUCCCAUGGGGGCCGGUACCGGUGUCUCGGGAGACACAGCCUGGCCCACGUGUGGUCAGCCCCUAGUGAGCCCCUGGACCUCCUGGUGGCGGGUGCACACAGGAGGCCCACGCUGUCAGCCCUCCCGGGACCCCGGGUGCCCUGGAGAGGGGACGUGACCCUGCAGUGCCGCUCUGACACCCCUGCUGACACCUUCCGGCUGUCCAAGGAGGGGUCCCCUGCUCCCCCGCAGCUCCUCCAGCUGAGGGACUCGGCUGCCCCCUCUCAGGCCAACUUCACCUUCAGUGCCGUGACCCAGGCACAGGGGGGCAGCUACAGGUGCUACAGCUCCCUCAGCAGUGCCCCCCACCUGCUGUCCCUCCCCAGUGCCCCCCUGCAGCUCCUGGUCUCAGCCCAAGGUCACCGAUGGGACCUGAGCCUUCUGAUCGGUGUCUCGGGGGCCCUGGUCCUGCUGCUCUCCCUACUCCUCUUCCUCCUCCUGAGACGCAGGUGUCGGGGUGCACACAGGAAGACCGAUGCCGCAGCGACAGGCACUCAGCCUGAGGAGGGGGCCCAGCUGGACCCGCAGCAGAGUAGAAACUACGAAGACGCCCAGGAUGUGACGUACGCACAGGUGAACCACUCAAGACCAAGGGGCACAGCGGCAAGGCCCCCUGCAGCUGGGGCGGGGGACUCGCUCAGCACCGUGGGAAGGCACUCGGCAGGCAAACAGGAUGCACCUGACGCUUGCCAGGAUGUGACCUACGUCCAGCUGAACCACGGGGUCCUCAGAGGGGAGAGAGCGGCCCCCUCCUCCACCCCAGAGUCCAGCUCAGAGUACGCAGCUCUCGCCAGGCGCUAGUCGCUGACAGGGCAGGCUGGAGCUUCACCGGAGGGCUCUCAUUCGCCACCCCAAUACCCGACACUGAGCCCCAACUCUCAGGACCUUGAGGCUCCCAGGAGAUGGCCAAGGACCUGCCCACGUGCAGCCCUGGGGACGGGGAAGUGCUGGUUGACUCUUAGGGGCUUGGAGGCCUUGGCUGGGUCUUUCCCAGCAAGCAGGGUGUGUCCACUGCAGGGUCUUGCCCAACCCCAGACCAGGCCCCUUCCUGAUCCAGUGUGUCAACAAGGCUGGGGAAAGGGAAGCUGCCCACUUCUCUCCAGAAACUCAUCAGGAAGCAGGCAAGGAGCCUCGACCCCACCCCCACCCCCUCACAAGACUAGGAACUGACAGAUAGACUUGAGCUCCCACUUGUCUCUCAUCCCAACACUUAUAACUUCAUCUUCGGGGCCGGGUGGUGGCGCACCUGGCUGAGUGCACGUGCCCAUUACUGUGUGCAAGGACCUGGGUGCUAGAUCCUGGUCCCCACUUGGAAGGGGACAGCAGGGCUGCCUGGUGUCUCUCCCUCCCACUCCCCUCAAUUUCUCUCCAUCCAAUAAAGACUUCAUCUUCAAACAGA